GCCAUAGUCACGGUAGUCCUGGCGACAAGAACCAAGCAACGGGAGUCAACAACAACAACCUAAAUCUGAGGGCGAAAAAAAAACUUACGACAAAAAGGGACAUUGCUGGGAUAAAUUACAGAACUAUUGCCUCAAAGCAUAGGUUGCCAUGGCAACUUCUGGAUACUCAGAGGACCUUCAGCCUCAGCAGGCCAACACUGUAACCAUAGCAACACCCGCUGCCACCACACCCUCGUCAGCAAAGACGGCACACUUCCUGUCCGAGAUCCCACCGACCUCUGGAAACAUUGCAUCCGCUAACCAAUCAGCCACCGCCUCAAAAACAGGACAGGAUGCACUUUGUUCCCAAGCGCCGCCCACACAGGCCCAGAGCCAGAAAGCAGUGGUUCUGACAACUCCCACACAGCACUACGUAACCCCUGAAAUCCAGCACUCUGCGGUCCAGAAGAGCAACGGUCAGAGCAACUCGCCUCAGUACAUCAUAGUGACUGUUACAGAGGGCUCGGUUCACUCCAAUGACAGUCUGUCAGACUCCAGCCCCCCUGCCCCAGGUGUCCCCACUCAGGUGGUCCAACCAGUGCAGACCACCUCACAGCAGAGAUCAGUGUUGCAAGCGGUGUCACAGGCAGCCAAGAGGAUUCAGUCAGGCCACAUCAACAACCUGCAGUCCGUGCACAUUAACCAGGAGGUGGAGCAGGUGUACUCUGGCCAGGUGCAGUAUGUUGACGGGGCGGAUGCAACUUUCACUACGUCCACUAUCCGAUCAAGUAGCUACCCUUUCUCCGACUCGCCCCUCUUCUCCCAGACCCCUCCCACCUCCUCCUCCACCUACUACGAUGCUACGCCCAGCUCCGACUCGGACAUCGGUGGAUCUGUGACCUCGCAGCCGGUCUCUUUGGCAACAGGAGCCAAUAGCGGGGCAGCUGCUGUGGGUGGAGGGGGCUACGUUAUUCAGGGAGGCUAUGUGUUAGGAGCGGGGGGAACUGGAGCAGCAGGUGGAGGAGGACAGAGUUAUUCCAGCCCGAACUCACGUGCCCCACCUGCUACUGUGCAUUGGCUGUGUGAUAACUAUGAGGGGGCGGAGGGGGUGAGUUUACCUCGCUGCACCCUCUACUACCACUAUCUGCUCCACUGCCAGGAGCAGAAACUAGAACCUGUUAAUGCUGCGUCUUUCGGAAAACUCAUCAGGUCCGUCUUCAUGGGGCUCAGGACACGGAGAUUAGGGACCAGAGGAAACUCUAAGUACCACUACUAUGGUCUAAGGAUCAAAUCCGGUUCCCCUCUGCUCAGGCUGAUGGAUGAACAACAGCACAUGGCGAUGAGGCAGCAGCCCUUCUCACAGAAAAACAGGAUAAAGCCAAUUCAGAAGACACACGGUAUCGCCAAUGGGACAUCAGGUGGGGCGGGUCAGCAGCAGGCAGGAGCGCUCUGUGAUAUUUCAGCCCAAGUGCAACAGUACCAGCAGUUCCUGGAGGCAUCACGGCCACUGCCAGACUUUGUCGACAUUGAUCUGCAAGAUAGAACACUGCCUGACGGGGUCCUUUUAGAACACCUCAAGGCCUUUCAGACUCUCUACAGAGAACACUGCGAGGCUAUUAUGGAUGUGAUGGUCAACCUUCAGUUCACUCUUGUGGAGACACUGUGGAAAUCCUUCUGGAGGUUCAGCCAGAGCAGUGAUACAGAAUCCCUCAAUAUGCACAAUGAAUCUGAGAAGCGUCUGCCGAAAUCCUGCCUGGUGGUGCUGUGUAAGUUCGAGCCUGUGCUGCGCUGGACGAAAGAGUGCGACAACCUGCUCUACCAGACUCUGGUGGAGAUCCUCAUCCCUGAUGUACUGAGACCCAUCCCUAGUGCCUUAACUCAGGCCAUCCGUAACUUUGCCAAGAGUCUGGAGAGCUGGCUGACAGGCGCCAUGAUGAACAUCCCAGAAGAGAUGGUUCGCAUAAAGGUGGUGUGUAUUUGCUCCUUCUCCCAGACACUGCGUCGCUACACUAGCCUGAACCACCUGGCCCAGGCAGCCCGUGCCGUCCUCCAGAACUCAGCCCAGAUCAACCAGAUGCUCUCCGACCUCAACCGGGUGGAUUUCACUAACGUUCAGGAGCAGGCAUCCUGGGUGUGUCAAUGUGAAGACCGCAUGGUCCAGCGGCUAGAGCAAGACUUUAAACUGACCCUGCAGCAGCAAAACUCCCUGGAGCAGUGGGCUGCCUGGCUGGAUGGUGUCGUCUCUCAAGCCCUUAAACCUUACGAGCACAACCCUGCCGCCCUACCGAAGGCUGCCAAGGUCUUCCUGCUCAACUGGUCUUUUUACAGUUCAAUGGUUAUCCGGGACCUGACUCUGCGCAGUGCCGCCAGUUUUGGCUCCUUUCACCUGAUCCGCUUGCUGUAUGAUGAGUAUAUGUACUACCUGAUAGAGCACAGGGUGGCCCAGGCUAAAGGAGAGACGCCCAUUGCAGUCAUGGGAGAAUUCGCGAGCACCGUCAAGAGCCGAAUCUCUCCGGAUAUGGAGAAAGAUGAGGAAGAGGACGAUGAGGAAGAGGAGAGCGAUGAAGAGAGCGGAGAUCUGGUGCUGCAGUCUAACGCUCUGAGCGCGCUCGAGGACGACGACAAAAAUGGAAUGGAGCCGCCGACCAAGCAGCCCAGGACCAGUUUAAAUCUGCACACUUUGACCGAGACGAACAGCACACCACCUUAGUCACUCAUUUAUAUAAUUAACACACACACACACCUUUGCUUUAAUUUUAACAUCAUGUCAUCCCAUUCUACACCCAGCCCGUGUACGCUUGUGGUUUGCAAACAGAUGAUGUUCGAUGUUGAAUUUGCGUCUAAGCAUGUGAGAAAAGUGGGAGAGCGCUUUGCCAAUUUUUGUGUUGUGUACUUUUGUGCUGCCAUUCUUUUUCUCUUUUGCCUUCGCCUGAUCAUUUACAAUCCUUCCCUUGUUCCCUGUGCCUUCCCUGACUAUCCAGCAGCUACACGUCAAUAGCCGCUCCUGUCCAGCCUAUUAUAUGUACAGUAUAUACAAACACAUACAUAUAUAUAAAUAUAUAUAUAUUCUUGAUUCCCUCCUGCUCCGCUUUAACCACUGACCUGAUUGCUAUGGAGAGAUGAAAAGACUCCAAAAUGCUAUACUAAUAAAUAUCACUCACAUUGCCUUUUAAAGCAAUGACUAUGCAGGGGAGCUGGACUUUUAUGAAUGACACUGUCUGAAAUACAUUUUUUUAAAUCUCAGAGUAGCAUCUGGACUCAUACUGCACCAUGAAUUUUGUUGGCAGUAAAAUAGAUUGACAGCUAUUUGUGGAUACCAUGUUUUACUUUUUUAUGUGGGUUCUUUAUAAUUUGGCCAACUAACUGAUACCCUGUGCCUUUGAGAGAUUUCUAGCCUGAAAAAGCUUGUAUUCUAUAUAUUCUGUAUCAGUGGAUUAAUAAAUGAAGGUCCUGUGAAGUAGU